CUCAUGCAACUGUCGAAGUGGAAAUAUCAGAAGAUAUGCAGCUGGUACAUUUUGACUUCAACAGCACCCCAUUUGAGCUCCAUGAUGACAACUACGUUCUAAAGGCAAUGAAAUUUUGUGAAAGACCACAGGGUGAUGAUAUGGCACACAAUUUUACUUCAGAUGGAGGUGAAGGUUCUAGCAUGUCAGGCAUGUAUCAACCACAGCUCCCUCUUCCUCCAGUGUCAAACACGGCGGUUAGGCAUCCCACCUCACCGCCUAUUCCCGGAAUAGUACUCAAAGCACGUGUCAAGCAUGAACAUUAAUCAGCAAGACCAAACUUAAACAUCUCACCAUGAACAAUACUCCCAGCUUGUCUGUAUAUUUUUGUAUAAUUUGCCAGCACUGCAUAGGUCCCUGACGAUUCCCCUCACCUCAUUAGAUUGCCUCAUUCUGGAUAUAAUCUAAAGUACAAGCAGAUCAGUCCAUUUCUUUAGAAACUUUUUAGGGGUAUUGGUUCUGGCAAAUUCUUUGCUUUACAUGUCCAUCUCAGGCCAUUGUAAUUGUUUGCCAUAUUCUUAUUCCUGCUUUUUAGCCUCCAAUGUAGAAGAAAUGGGAGUGUGUUAGAGUGUAGAGGAUUGUUCAGCUCCAUAGAAAUUUAUAGAAUCACUUCAGAAAUUGGACUCCCC